AUGUAUCAAAAGAAUUGCAGAGAGCAGGGAGAUAGGGGACAGGCCAGGUAUUGCCUUUCCAAAGCAAUAACAGCAGAUCCUGAUGACAUUAGUCUUAGGUAUCACCGGGCUUCAAUAUACAUUGAGCUUGGAGAUUAUCAGAAAGCUGCAGAGUCAUACGAGCAAAUUGCUCGUCGAUGCCCUAAUGAUGUUGAAGUGCUUAGGACAGCUGCUCAGUUGUACAGAAAAUGUGGCGAAGCUGAGCGCUCUGUUGGUAUCCUGGAAGACUACCUGAAAAAUCAUCCAAAUGAAGCUGAUUUAAGUGUGAUACAUCUGUUAGCUGUGAUGCUCAUGGAAGACAAUGCAUAUUUAAAAGCUCUUGAUCUAAUUGAGUUUGCAAAGCAGAGAUAUUUUACUGGGAAAUGGAUGCCUCUUAAUUUAAGUAUCAAAGCUGGAAUAUGUCAUUUACAUCUUGGUCAUAUGGAGGAGGCAGAGAUUAUUUUCAGUGCUCUACAACAAGAAAAUGCAUCUCAACAUCCUGACAUAGUCACUGAGGUUGCGGACUCACUUAUGACCGUUGAACACUAUGAAUCUGCUUUGAAGUACUAUAUGAUGCUUGAAGGAGAUGGCGUCAAGAAUAAAGGCUAUUUACACUUAAAAAUUGCUGAGUGUUAUGUGUUUUUGGGGGAAAGAGUACAAGCAAUUGAGUACUUCCAUAAAGCUGUAAAUGAACUUGAGGAUAGUGUUGAUGUUCGAUUAACUUUGUCCUCGAUCCUCCUUGAAGAAGGCAAAGAUGAUGAAGCAGUUUUUGUGCUUUCCCCUCCAAAAGCAUCAGAAUCUUCAGUUGACUCAAGUUCUGAUGAACCAAAAUCAUGGUGGCUUAAUAGCAAGAUAAAGCUGAAGCUUUGUCAAAUUUAUAGAGCUAAAGGGUCACUAGCGGCUUGUGUGGAUGUUAUUUUUCCUUUGAUUCGUGAGACAGUGUUUCUUGAGUCUGUCCAACAAAAGGUAAGCUUACUCUUUCCAUUUGACCCAAGAAUGUGCUAGUUUUAGGGAUGGUUU